CUUCCACUUUUAUUUUCCAUCCAAACAAAGCAUAACGUUCUCAAUCUCUUCUCAGUUCUCAGUCACGUUCUCUCCUUCCUCUUCUCACUCGUUACGAGAUCGCCUCCGCCGUCACGUGUUUGCCUCCGCCAUCCGCCGUGUUCGCCGCCCGUACUCUCAGGGAUUAUUCUGGCAGGGUUUUGAUAAUGGCAACCACUGCUUGUUUCAUCAUUGUUAGCAGAAAUGAUAUUCCUAUAUAUGAAGCUGAAGUUGGAGUAGCUGCUAAAAGGGAGGAUGCUGCUCAGCUGCAUCAGUUUAUCCUGCAUGCUGCUCUUGAUGUUGUUCAGGACCUUGCAUGGACUACCAGUGCCAUGUACUUGAAAUCGGUAGAUAGGUUCAAUGAGCUCGUGGUAUCAGUAUAUGUCACUGCUGGUCAUACCCGGUUUAUGUUGCUUCAUGACUCUCGUAAUGAUGAUGGUAUUAAGAGCUUCUUCCAAGAUGUGCAUGAGCUUUACAUAAAGACUCUUCUUAAUCCCCUGUACUUGCCUGGCUCCCGGAUCACAUCAUCACAUUUUGACACAAAAGUCCGUGCCCUUGCUCGCAAGUAUUUUUAGAAACCACUAGCUCCUGAGAAUCAGUGGUUAACAAGUUGCUAGUUUAUAUAGCACUGAGGCCUUACUCCUAUAUUGUUAGUUCUUGACAAGUUUCGGAAAGCAUUUUAUUCCCCUCAUGAUUUGGCUGCAAAGGUAGUUUUGCUUGUCUAUAAUGUUGUGUAUCUGGUAAUAGCAGAAGGCUGUAUUUUCUAAUGAGAUGAAGGUGAUAUGCUGGCAAAAGCUGUUUCAUUGCUGGUGGCUAUUUGUAAUACAUACUAAUCUUAUUUUUGAUAUUCAACCCUCUUUUUUGGUGAAAAGAUAUUCAACCAUACGAUUUAAGUGGUAAAGAUUAACUUUUGUUUC